AAGUGGAGCAAAAAAAUGGAUUUCCUUUUGUCCGUGAUUGGGUUCGCCGUGGACCUUGGCAACGUCUGGAGGUUCCCUUACAUCUGCUACCAGAAUGGAGGCGGAGCUUUCCUCAUCCCAUAUACCCUGAUGGCCGUUUUCGGCGGGGUGCCCCUCUUCUACAUGGAGUUGGCCCUCGGGCAGUUCCAUCGGGUUGGCGCAAUUCCCAUCUGGAAGCAAAUCUGCCCAAUAUUUAAAGGCAUUGGCUUUGCCAUCUGCAUCAUCGGCCUGUACGUCUCCUUCUACUACAACACCAUCAUCGCCUGGGCCCUCUACUACUUCUACUCCUCCUUCACCCACACUCUGCCCUGGACCAGCUGCAACAACGCCUGGAACACGCCCAACUGCACCAGCUACUUUGGGAAAAGCAACGUCACCUGGACCAACUACUCUAAGUCGCCGGCCGAGGAGUUUUACACGAGGAAGGUUCUGGAGCUCCAGAACUCGCAGGGCCUGGACGACGUGGGCGGGAUCCGUUGGCAGCUGCUUCUCUGCCUCUUCCUCAUCUUCACCAUCGUCUAUUUCAGCCUUUGGAAGGGGGUGAAGACAUCCGGCAAGGUCGUGUGGGUGACAGCCACCCUGCCCUACGUGGUUUUGCUGAUCCUGUUGGUCCGGGGAGCCACUCUGCCAGGGGCCUGGAGAGGGGUCGUCUUCUACCUGCGACCCAACUGGGAGAAGCUGACGAGCACAGCCGUUUGGGUCGACGCUGCAGCCCAGAUUUUCUUCUCCCUGGGGCCAGGGUUUGGGGUCCUCCUCGCUCUCGCCAGUUACAAUCCGUUCAACAACAACUGCUACCGGGACGCCAUCGUCACCAGCGUGGUCAAUUGCCUCACCAGCUUCCUCUCAGGGUUCGUCAUUUUCACUGUUCUGGGCUACAUGGCGGAAAUGAGGGACGUGGAAGUUGAGGACGUUGCAAAGGACAAAGGGCCCAGCCUGCUCUUCAUCACCUACCCAGAAGCCAUUGCCAACAUGGCUGGCUCCACCUUCUUUGCCAUCCUCUUCUUCCUUAUGGUGAUCACGCUGGGACUGGACAGUACGUUUGGGGGCCUGGAGGCCGUGAUCACAGCCAUCAUGGACGAGUACCCCCACCUCCUAGCCAAGCGACGGGAGCUGUUCGUCCUGGGUCUCAUCAUUGUGUGCUUCCUGGGGUCUCUCGCGACGCUGACGAACGGCGGCUCGUAUGUCGUGAAACUCUUGGAAGAAUUUGGUGCUGGCUGUUCCAUCUUAGCUGUGGUGCUCCUGGAAGCCAUUGCAGUGUCCUGGUUUUAUGGAAUCCAGCAAUUCUGCAGUGACGUGAAAGCAAUGCUGGGAUUUUCUCCAGGAAUCUAUUGGCAGGUUUGCUGGGUCGCUAUUAGCCCAGCUUUCCUCGCAUUCAUCAUCAUCAGCUCUCUCUUGGAGCAGCCGCCUCUGGUGAUGUUCGACUACCAGUAUCCGGAGUGGAGCAUCGUGGUGGGUUACCUCAUCGGAGCCUCGUCCUUCAUUUGCAUCCCCGUCUACAUGGUGUACAAGCUAGUCUGGACCCCGGGAUCUCUAAAGCAGCGUCUUGCCGUGUGCCUUCGGCCAGAGAAGACAAUUCGAGAGCAGCCUCUGGAAUCCGUGGCUGCACCGCCGGCAUCCUAA